UGUGUGUUUACUGAUGUGUUAAACCCAGGAUAAAUAUGCUCUCUGAGCUCUCUGUGUAUUUGCUCUAUCGCCAACCUUCGUAUCCUUAAGAGACGAUGAGUUGAGCAUUAGAAAGAGUGAAUUAACCUUCCCUCCGGAGUAAUCGUUGGAUUUGCAUUCUGAAAUCGGUAGCACCCUUUUUGCAUGAGCUGAAGUCCGCUCCUGCUUUUCAGAUAAGGCGGCUUGUAAAUUAAACAGAAGAAAGGCGGGAGAGAAACCUCGAGAAGAAACAUGUCAAAAGAGGGGAACAGAGCAGCUGUAUUUUCCACCACCAAAGUGCGGACCAAGCUGAAGGGAGAUGGCAGCUGGCUCCAGCGCACCAGUGAACCUCAGGCCGAACCCGAGGAGGAGGUGAAACCCUGGUUGGCAGAGGUGAGGGCCAACCGUGUGAAUGGAGCCCCCAUCGAGACCAGUCCAGGGCCUUCGCCAACAAAGCCCGCACUGCCGCCCAACAAGCCUGACGCCGGCAGAGCGCCAACGUCAGGAUAUAUGAUCAGAGGCAUUUUCACAAAACUGGACGAGAAGCCUGCAUCAUUGCCCACAUCCAACGGCUCAAGUGGAACGACGCAAUUCAACAAAAAAGCCUCGGAGAGCUACAAGAGAAUAGCCCCCCACACGGUGAGGCCCACUUCGGAGAACCAGGAGGACCUUCUGAGCACUGAGGAGCAGGAGAAACGGACGGAGGCAGCCAGCAAUGUUCUGAAGACGUCGUCAGUCAGGCAUCGGUCUUAUGUGCUCUCUGCUGCUAAGAAAUUUGAGUCCAUUGACAAAGCCGCUGACACCUCGCCGGUCGUCAACAAUAUAUCAUUUGUGGCGAAAAGGGUUGAGAUUGUAGAUGACGAUGAGGAAGCCACGACGCCACCACCUGUCAGCUACCCCAGCCCCACUCCUGCCAUCCCCGUCCCAUAUGUCGCUCCCGCCCCGAUGGCCAGUCCAAGGAAAAUUGCGGAAACAAACGUGAAAACAUCCGCUGAUGUCAUCGUCGAUGAGCCAGUGGCUCCGAAGCUUCUGGGGCCACUACCGGACCUUUUGAAAGAAGACCCCUCUCCAGUGUCUGUGACGCAGAAGGACCCGUUUGAAGGCAUGAACCCAGGAUGCACCAAGGUGGCCACACCGCUCCCUGAACUCAUCCCAGUGUUAGUAGAAGCAGUUAAUAAGGAGCCAGAACCUGAGGAGCCAGAUGUUUCUGAUCAAACCGACACCUCUCUGGUUAAAAUCACCCCGGAUUUACCAAACCUGGUGUCAACCACUCCAGCUCGAUUUGUCCCAAAAUCACCGGCUCCAUUGUCCCCUGCCCUGACUUCAACUUUCCCAAAAUUACCUGCUCCAUUGUCCCCUGCCCUGACUUCAACUGUCCUAAAAUUCCCAGCUCCAUUGUCCCCUGCCCCGACUUCAACUGUCCAAAAAUCACCGGCUCCAUUGUCCCCUGCCCUGACUUCAACUGUCCAAAAAUCACCGGCUCCAUUGUCCCCUACCCUGACUUCAACUGUCCCAAAAUCAUCGGCUCCAUUGUCCCCUGCCCUGACUUCAACUUUCCCAAAAUUCCCUGCUCCAUUGUCCCCUGCCCCGACUUCAACUGUCCAGAAAUCACCGGCUCCAUUGUCCCCUGCCCUGACUUCAACUUUCCCAAAAUUCCCUGCUCCAUUGUCCCCUGCCCUGACUUCAACUGUCCCAAAAUCAUCGGCUCCAUUGUCCCCUGCCCCGACUUCAACUUUCCCAAAAUUCCCUGCUCCAUUGUCCCCUGCCCUGACUUCAACUGUCCAAAAAUCCCCGGCUCCAUUGUCCCCUGCCCUGACUUCAACGUUCCCAGAAUCCCUUGCUCCAGUGUCUACAGUAACAACGAUCACAGUGAUAACAGAACCUAUACCUGAACCUGAAGAAGAACCUGAACCACAAUCUAAACCUUCUUCCAUGACAAGCUCCAGAGUUGACACGCUCGCUGCCUUUUACGACACUCUCGUUCCCACCAGUCUCAAGGAUGAUGAGCCAGAGCUGGCAAAGGAACAAGGAGGCCCAGCAGACAGCCGCACCACAGAGAGCAGAGCUGCGGAGGAGCCCGAUCCAGUUUUUAGCGACGCUGAGCCAAUGACAGACGAUCUCCUGGCAUUCGAUGAUGGUCCACAGGAGGCAGUAGUGCCUGUUCCCCCGAGCCCAGGACGCUGGAGUCAGGAUCUGCUCAGUGGAUUUGAUAGUGAGCCAAACCCAGAGAUGACCAGCGGCGCCCUGGAUCUCCUGGCUACUGAUGUGAUUCCAUUCAGCACAGAGACACGCAGCCCCAGCGUGCAGCGAGAGGAGGAGAAGCAGACAGAUGAGACAGCAGGAGAAACACAAAGCCGCACAGAGACCGUCACUAUAACCACCAGGACAGUGAUUAUUACUGACCAAAGUGAAGAGGACAAAGCAGAUCCCUGGAGCUCACAUGUGACAACAUCAGUUACUGAAUCGAGCUCGGCUGAUCCGUUUGAUCCAUAUCCGAUAGGGACCACAUCCCCUAACAGCUCCUCUGACCUGCUCCAGCCCCUCGCAGAUAUUUCCAUCAACAGCGCACCAACCACAUUCAUGGAGAAUAAAGAUCCGAGUCCAGAACCACAUCUCGGCACUCAGCGGUCAUGGGCACGCACAUGGGACACCAUCACACCUCAGCAGGCCAGCACAGAGGAGAGCCAAGAGGCCGAACCGGAGGACCAAGCCGGAGACCAACAGACGAUGAUCAUGUUCGAGAGAAAGUCCAAGGAGAACGACUCCCCAUGGGACAGGUGGACAUCCCCCACUGUCUAUACUAUCGCUACAGAAGAGGACGAGGAAGAAGAGGAGGAGGAGGAAGAGGAGGAGGAGUUGAGCUCGAAGGAAACACACACAGAGACAGUCACAACCGUCACCACCAUCAGGGAGAUACACGGUGAGCCAGAGCCCGCUAUGGAUCGGUAUGAAACCUACACCAGGUCGGUGACUCAAGAGGAGCGCCCGGUCUCAUCACCAGAGCCGGAGACCAAAAAGCCGUUUGUGUAUUUGAAGGAAUACGUCAAUACCUCAGAGGAGUCCUCGCAUAACGCCAGAGAUGAAUCCAAUAGAGGGACGGAUUAUUUGACAUCGAGCUCCACCAGUUACUCGUACAGCAGCCCCUCCACGUACCCCAGCGGCCCACUGUCAUCCAGCUGUACGUUCUGCGGAGAGCUUGUGGGCGAUGAUGCUAAGAUCACCAUCGAGCACCUCAAUAUCAACUGUCAUCCCGCCUGCUUCAAGUGUGGUGUGUGUAAUAAGGAUAUGGGAGACCUGCUCUUCAGUAUGUUCCUACACGGAGGGAAAGUCCACUGCGAGAGCUGCUACUCCAAAGCUUUGGACUGAUUGUCUGAGCUCUUCAGCGUCCUCUUAUCCUCGUCCCCCUUCCCUUCAUGUUCAUUUGCAUAUAAAGUGAGAACUGUGCUUUAGCAGAAAUGUUGGACUGUGUUCAGUUUGAACCUUGCUGCGGUUUAGGGUGAUCAAAGAGACUCUCAUAGUGAACAAUAUGAUUUCUUCUGCUUCCAUUAGGUAAAAUUCCUAAUUUCUCAAACAUGUUAUUCAAGCUUGUGUUUGUCUGUUUCUUCCCUGGUGGUGAGAGCUGUAUCUUCCUCAGUAGACUAUGAAGGAUAUGCCUGUACAACAUGCUUUGCUGUGAACAGGCAAGUGGGGUGCAAUAUUAUGAUUUAGCUUUUUGAGUAGUUAUAUGCAAGAUUAUUACUUUGUUACAUGUUUACUUUCUUUGUUCUUCUUGAUACAAAACAGUGUGUUCACAUAUAUGAUGCCUUGUUAACAAAAUAAAGUGAUUUAUAUGA